GUGGAAGCUAGGAAGCAAAUCAACACAUGGGUGGCCAACGCGACCAGGAACCUCAUCACCGAGGUUCUCGACCCACACGAACAAAGCAGAGACACCUUGAAGGUGGUGGCCAACGCCAUCUACUUCAAGGGCGAGUGGCGCCAGCCCUUCGACAAGGAGCACACCGUUGACCACCAGAAGUUCCACCUCCUCGACGGCAGCUCCAUCGAGACCUCCUUCAUGAGGCGACAACGACUGCACGAAGAGCGAAUCGCCUGCUACGACGGAUUCAAGGUGUUGAAGCUGCCGUACAACGUCGCCGACGACGACUCGCCGCAGUACGGGCUGCACAACUACAAGAUGAGGAUGACCCUCCCAAGUUUCUCCAUGUGUGUGUUCCUCCCCGACGCCCGUGACGGCCUAACGGGCCUGGUCGACCGGCUGACGUCCCGGCCAGAGUUCCUGCACGAGCACCUCCCUAGGGCGUUUGUCCCCGUCGGCGACUUUCGGCUGCCCAAGUUCAAGCUGAGCUUCCGGAGCAGCCUCGUUGGCAUCCUUCAGAGCCUGGGCUUGCGGCUUCCAUUUGAACCUUCAACGAAGGGCUUGACGGAGAAGAUGGAAGAUGAUGACGGGAAGGGCGUCCAGUUGUACGUUGACGACGUUAUACACAAGGCGGUCAUCGAGGUGAACGAGGAGGGGAGCGAAGCUGCGGCCUUCACCGAGUCGGACGACGAGAUGGGGUUUUCGUUGUUCGGCGAUGAACCGCCGCCGCCCAAGCUUGUGGACUUUGUCGCCGAUCAUCCUUUUGCCUUCUUCAUCGUCGAGGAGACUACUGGCACCAUUGUAUUCUCGGGGCAUGUGCUCGACCCUUCGAAGGAAGGGUAGAGUAUGGGCAUCAAACAUAUGGACGGGUUCCAAAACUAAACACCGACAAACACAUGUUUUUUA